UUGUUGUGUGAAAAUAAGGCGGCAGGAAAAUUGAGGCUUUAAUUUAAUUUUACCACUCAGCAGUUCCAGAAUCAGAUUUAGUCCUCUUUUCUCAUAAAAAUAGUGUUUUGGGUGUUUUUAACAUGUUUUUUGUCUCACGAUGGAGGACAUUCAUAAGUAAAAUAAGGUUAAGACUACGAUUUUUGGUCUUGUUGGGGUAAUUAUCUCUAUAAAUUCAGAAAACAGGACUUCGGUGCAAGAAAUUCAGAUAUAUCAGUUGGUACAUGCUGAUAGACAGCUAAUCAUUAAUUUGUCUGCUUUGUCAACUGUGGGUGUGCUCAGCUGUGUGGAAAUGAGAACCUCACGCCCUCACAUACCUUUCCACGCCACUUUAUGCUCUUUAAAAGCUGCUUCCACCGUCCGUCGGCUCUGUCUUCAUCCUGGCUGGAGGAAAUCACACCAUGAAGGGAGAGACUCACUCUGAAGAGUAAAUAAAAAAAGAAGUUGUGGAGCUUUUUGUGCAAGAUGUUAUUACACAUCUUGGUGAUGUUCCUCCUGAAGACAGCUCUCUCAAGCCCUCUGACCACACUGCCACAGAGAGGAUGUCCCACCUGCAAGUCUCAAGCAAAAACGGAGUCCGGCAUCACCGGUCUGGCUCUUGGCGAUCCGUGUGGUGUCUACACUCGGAGCUGCGCUCACGGUUUGCGCUGUCAGCCUUCAGAGGAUGAGACGAGGCCCCUGCAUGCCCUGCUGGAGGGAAGAGGAGUCUGCAGGAGCGUGAGCAGUGCUGAGCCCACCCAGCAGACCUACUCUGCAGAUCCUUCCCCUGCCAAGGAGCAGAACGAGGCUCCAUGUCGUAAACUCCUCACUACUCUCAUGAGAGGACUCCACGCUCAUGUAUUCCAGUCCCAUCACGACAUCUACAUGCCGAACUGUGACAAGCGGGGCUUCUUCAGAAAAAAGCAGUGUUGGUCGUCUGGAGGUAAAUGGCGGGGAAAGUGUUGGUGUGUGGACGAGAACGGGACGCCCAUUUCUGAAAACCUCAGAAGCAGCCAGAGCUGCUAAAGUGUGAAGGACACUGGAACUUGAACCUCAGGAAACUGAGGUGAAGGAAGAGCAACGACAGUCCUUCACUCUCAGCAUGAAGCUGCUCCUCCUUCAGUCAGCUGGAACUUUGAGCCUUUGCGCCCUCUACUGACCAGUCCACCUCUUUUGGUUUCACUCUUUCUCAAUAGUCUCAUGUAGAUUUACCACAUGGAAACCUCAUAAAUACCUAAAUCAUUUCAAACCAUUUAGCUGCACAUAUUUUAGCCAAUUAUUUGCACUUUUCUUAAGGCCAAAUGCAUAUUUUGUUCAUCAUCCUCAUUUACCUAAUUCUUCUUUUAACGUUAUUGACAGACAAUCCUAUUGAUGUUUCCUUAAAUGUGUUUGUUUUUGCAAAUAUUCAUCAUGUUGUUUCUCUCAUUUGUUACGGUCAAUGUAGAAUUGUGUGAAUAAAUAGCCUGUGAUAUGUUUUAAA